AUGCUCGGACCCCGGUUCUCUUCGUGGGUGUGCAACGCCCUUCUCGCCUCCACCGUCGCCAUCCCCGUAUAUGCGGCCCAUGUCUCGGAGCGCGCUUCGCCAAUCGCUGCGGCAGAGCCCCCGCGCAAAUCCAACGGGUUGACGGACGUCGUUCAAUGGGACAACUACACGGUCUUCCUCAACGACCAGCGCAUGUUCCUCUAUUCGGGCGAGUUCCAUACAUUCCGCCUGCCAGUGCCCGAUCUGUGGCUCGACAUCUUCCAGAAAAUGGUUGCAGCAGGAUUGAACGGCGUCAGCAUUUACAUCCAUAUGGGCGCCUCCAAUCCCUCGCGCGGUGCGAUCGAUUUUGAUGAUUGGCGCGCUCUGCAGCCUAUCUACGAUGCCGCGAAGCUUGCCGGUAUCUUCAUUGUUCUCCGGCCGGGUCCCUACAUCAACGCCGAGACAACGGCGGGUGGGAUCGCGCACUGGAUUACCAGCGAGGUCGCUGGGACGCUUCGGACAAACGCGACUGACUGGACCGCAGCCUACCAACCUUAUACCGCAGGGAUUGCGAAAUCUGUCGUAGGGAACCAAGUCUCGGACGGUGGUCCCAUUCUCGCCGUUCAAAUCGACAACGAGUUCACGCAAAAUGCGCUCACGGGAGCAUACUUCGCUGCGUUGGAGCAGCAAUAUCGUGGUGCUGGUGUAGUGGUCCCUCUAACGUACAACGACCCUUUCGAAGGCUCGAACUUCAUCAAUGGCACCGGCGCUGUCGAUAUCUACGGCCUUGACUCUUACCCUCAAGGUUUCGACUGCUCAAAUCCACGCAACUGGAGCCCUGUCGUCACCAACUACCAGGCCUACCACGAACAGGUGAACCCAGCUCAACCCUGGUACAUGCCUGAGUUCCAAGGUGGAUCCUUCGAUCCUUGGGGCGGGCCCGGGUAUGACGCAUGCGAACUCUUAACUGGACCCGACUUCCAGGACGUCUUCUACAAGAACAACUGGGCCAACAACGUCAAGGCUGCGUCUUACUACAUGUUCUAUGGUGGCACCAGUUGGGGUGGCUUCCCUUUCCCGGGCGUGUACACUAGCUAUGACUACGGCGCUUCCAUCAGGGAGUCUCGUGCUCUCUCGGCCAAGUUUGACGAGAUCAAGCGUCAGAGCAUGUUCCUUCGCUCGUCUCCGUCGUUCCGCAAGACCGACUACGUCGGGAACUCCAGUACAGGCAUCGGUGGCGUCACCGUGAGCAGCAGUAGCGCGUUCGUCACGUCCUUGCACAACCCGGAUUCUGGUACUAGGUUCUACAUCACGAGGCAGACAUCUUCCACAUCGACUGGCGAUAUCACUUUCACCCUUACUGUGCCCACGUCCAAUGGCACACUUAAACUCCCUCAGAAGACUGGUACUAUCGCGAUCAACGGCCGUCAGAGCAAGCUUAUCAUCACCGACUACCCCUUCGGCGCUUCUAGCUCCGUCCUCUAUACCACGGCUUCCGUCUUCUUCGCCGGCGCAAUCGGUGCUCGAGACGUCCUCUUCCUUUUCGGUGACGCCGACCAGUCGCACGAGUUAGCUUUGACGCUGACCGGCUCUGGCGCAUCAACGGAUGACUCGCGCGUUACUUUCGACAAGUCCACAGCGGGCACGAUCAUCUCGAUCGCGACCGGAGACGACGGGCUCGUGACGCUCUGGGAAUCCGACACUCAGCUCAUCCUCUUCGCGGAUCCCGUCACUGCGGCGACGUUCUGGGCCCCGGCCAUCCCCACGGCCUCCGACGCGACCGUGUCCGGGCUAGAGGCGUACUUCCAAUGGGGCACAAACUCCACCGUCCUCGUAGGCGGACCAAACCUCGUCCGGAACGCGUCCAUUUCCGACGACGGCACGACUCUCGCACUCCGGGGAGACCUCAACGCCUCCGUGCCGCUCACCGUGGUCGCCCCUGCCACGGUGACCGCGGUGAGUUGGAAUGGAGCCGACGUGGCCGUGUCAGGCGACGGGAGCGGGGUGCUCACCGGCUCUCUGACGAUGCUCACGAACCCGAGCUCUGUGACGGCCCCUGCCCUCGAGGGGUGGAAGUUCGCGGAUAGUUUACCAGAGAUCAAGGCGGGCUUCGAUGACUCGACUUGGGUCGUGGCGAACAAGACGUCGACGAACAUAAACCAGAAGCCGCUGUUCGGAGAUGGAAGAGUGCUUUAUGGCUGCGACUACGGAUUCUGCGAGAACAACGUCUUUUUCCGCGGUCACUUCACUGGGACAGGCAAGGAAACGGCAGCCAACCUCACGAUCUAUGGCGGCAGCUCGUUCGCGGCGUCCGUCUGGAUUAACGACCACUUCAUCUCCAGCGUUGGCGGGGGUUCCGACCAUGUCAAUGCGCUCUUCACGUUCCCACGUGGCGCUGUUGUCGCUGGCCAGGAUAACGUCAUCACUGUGCUGCACGACAACAUGGGCAACGACGAAGCCGACAACCAGAAGUCGGCCCGCGGCAUCGCCGGUUUCAGCCUUGUCGGUGGCACGAUCCACACCUGGAAGGUCCAGGGCAAGGUCGGCGGCUACACCCACUUCCCUGACAAGGUUCGCGGCGUCAUGAACGAGGGGGGCCUCUUCGGCGAGCGCGAGGGCUGGCACCUGCCUGGCUUCGAUACGUCAACGUGGCAGGCGCGCGACCUCGCACAGGGGCUCCCGAACGGGACCGCGGGCGUCGGCUUCUUCGUCACCACCGUCGACCUCGACUUCCCGACUGACGUGGACGUGUACGCGAGCUUCGUGUUCGGCGAAGCGGCCGGCCAGGCGUACCGCGCGCGGCUCUUCGUCAACGGGUGGAUGUUCGGCAAGCGCGUGGGCAACGUCGGUCCGCAGACCAAGUUCCCGGUCCCCCCGGGCAUCCUCGACUACCACGGAACGAACACCAUCGCGGUCGCUCUCUGGGCGCUGAACACCACCGCGGUCUCUCCGAAGUUGACCCUGGCUGUCGAUGGUGUCCUUGACGGUGGUGUGGGGCCGAUCACGGUGAACAACCCUGUUUGGUCGAAGCGCUCGUGA